AUGAUUGAAAAAUUGAGAAACUGCUGGAAAAUGUUGGGAAUAUUUGAAAUGUCAUUGAUAGCAAUGCACAGUGAAUCCACGUAGCCUAUCCUUAGGGACUUGGUGUGCGUUUUGUUUGAAGGGGAGAAGAACACAACGUACUGUACAUUCCAUUCCAUUCACUUUCUCUCUUAUCCGUUUGCGCCUCCUUCCAAAACCAACACUGCUGCUGGAUUCUACGCAACAGCCAGAGGGGGCGAAAGAGGUGGACAACAGUGAGCACCACUACCACCUGCAAGGGUGCGUCUGCUCUCUCAGAGAUCCGGUUGAGUGUUUCGGCUCCGAGGGCUUGAAGAUGAAGAAGCAGAAUGUGCGGACCCUCUCUCUCAUCCUCUGCAUGUUUUCCUACCUGCUGGUGGGAGCCGCGGUGUUCGACGCGCUUGAAUCAGAGACGGAGAGCUCCCGCCGACGCAUUCUGGAGCUGAAGCGCACCGAGAUGAAGAAGAAAUACCGGUUGUCCGAGGACGACUACCGGCAGAUCGAGCAGGUGGUACUGCAAGCGGAGCCCCACCACGCCGGGAGACAGUGGAAAUUCGCCGGGUCUUUCUACUUUGCCAUCACGGUCAUCACCACCAUUGGUUAUGGCCAUGCAGCUCCAGGCACAGAUGCUGGGAAGGUCUUUUGCAUGUUCUAUGCUGUGCUGGGCAUCCCUCUUACCCUGGUCAUGUUCCAGAGCCUGGGCGAGAGGAUGAACACGUUCGUUCGCUACCUCCUGCGCAGGGCCAAGCAGUGCCUGGGGUUACGGAGGACUGAGGUGUCCAUGGAGAACAUGGUUUCGGUGGGCUUCCUGUCCUGCAUCGGCACUCUGUGUGUCGGGGCAGCAGCCUUCUCCCACUACGAGGGCUGGACCUUCUUCCAUGCCUACUACUACUGCUUUAUCACGCUCACCACCAUUGGGUUUGGGGACUUUGUGGCACUGCAGAAGAAGGAGGACCUCCAGGAGAAGACACCCUAUGUGGCCUUCAGCUUCAUGUACAUCCUGGUGGGGUUGACAGUGAUCGGAGCCUUCCUCAACCUAGUAGUGCUGCGCUUCCUAACCAUGAACACAGAGGACGAGAGGAGGGACGCCCAGGAAAGGGCCUCCAUCAAAAGGGAGAGGGGCCUGCUUACCAUGGGGCUCCAUGGAGGAGAAGGAGGACCAGAGCAGGGCAGAGGAGAGCUUGGGGGCAGGGACAGGGGGAGGGACAGGAUGGGGCAGAGCCGCAGUCACAGCAACCUUUUCCGGCCCAUGGAGGAGGGCACCAGCCGCACUAACCUCAUCACCUCCCCAGUGGAGGAGCAGGAGGAGAGGGACAGGGCCAGGGGUGCACCCUGCAAGCAGAGGCUGCACUUACAGCUGCAUGGCACAGGCAGACUAAAGACAGAGUCCCCCCUGGGCUCCCUGUGCUCCUGUAUGUGCUACCGUCUGGGGGUGUGUGACAGCCCCCUGCCUUCCCGCAGCGAGCACCACGGGUGUAACAUUAACUCUGUCUACUACAGCUCCGUCUCCUACAGGACCCAGGGCUGCUCCCCCAGGGACAACACAGGACUCUCGUCCCCAGGGAACACACUCUUGCCUCAGCACAGCUUCAAGGAGUACCCCCACUCCCGGAGGAAGUCAGUGUAGCACCACGUUGGGACAGAAUCUUUGUUUGUAAAUGUUGGAUUAAUACAGUAUUUCAAACAUAUAUUUUGAAUACACUACAGAGACAAGGUAUUGCAGUACACUACAGAUGCACACUCAUUAGAGGAUUAAUUGUUGUAAAUGAUUGGCAGAGGCAAUAGAAUCUGUUUCAUCACAGGAAUUUUAGAACCUAUUUUCCCUAAUUAGAUGAUUACUGUGCUGUAUUUCUUCUAAGGACGCAGUUAAGUUGUUCUUUCAUUAUAGCUACUGGAGAUUUGUCUGGUGAAUCAAUUCACUUACCAUUGUAAUACGCUGUUAGUCUUUUGAUUGUGCUCCAAUAGUUUUUUCUCCUAGAUAGUUUAUGAGAAUUAUCUGCAUUUUAUUUUUUGUUGUUGCAUGCAAAUAAGAGUGAGAUGCAUGGUUAAGAUGAUGCACAUGGCAUGAUAAUUAUGAAAAUGGUUGUAAUGAUGCAAAUUACUAUAUUUAGGUAUUAUUAUUGUUUUUAAGUAGCUGACACACACACACACACCACUCACACACACACACA